AUGGCAUAUACUGUAUUUUCUGCCUUGACGUUAGAUAAUGUGUCCUCUGACUGCCAGGCCAGCAUUGGCCUCCAGGCCAACAUCUGGCAUACAGCAGCAGGUGCAAUUUCAUUUUCUGUUAAACGCAGACGAGAUGAUGACUCUCAGGAAGACUCAGAUCAAGAUCAAUGUCGAGUACCCUCCUUUCAAAAAUCAUUAUCAGAACUAUUCCACAAGUUUGAUGAAGAAGAGUCAGAUGAUAGUGUGAGCAAUUUCCAAGUCUGGUAUUAUCUUGAGAUCCAUAGCUCUCCGGGACCACCAGUAAACAUUAUUGAAAUGAAAUGCCUUGCUCUGGAGAGCAUUUACAUUGAAAUACCUCUCUCUAAUCCAAAAGAGAAAAUGAUUCACUUAGAUGUGCAGUUAUCCAAUGCUGCCCUUAAUGGAUUUAAGCAACUUACAUUGCACCCACUAGAAUGUAUCAACUAUGUCCUACAGUAUUCUCCAGCAACUACAGGCUGUAGAGAUGAAAGUGUUAUUUUUCAGCCUGAUAUGGCUCCUGAGUUCUGGUAUUUACUGAGAUUAACUACUGAAUUACCGAAAUCAACCACAGUACCAGAAAUACAAUGUGACCUUGGAAAGUAUGUCACUCAGAUCAUUCCUUUAGUUAAUCCAACACAUGAGACCUUAGAAUUGCAAGCAACAAACAGUAAUCCUGAAAAUUUUGUCUUGGAUGUUAACAGAUCAUCGCAACUGACCAUACCUCCUCACUCCAUCAAAGAAGUAUCUGUUCACUUUUAUCCUUCGGCUCUUGGAAGAACUGGUCAUCAAGUUUCUAUCACCUUCCACUGUACUCAGUUUAAAGAAUGGAUAUUCCACCUCUCUGGAGUAGGACUGUUCCCCCAGCCUAUAAACAUAGAAAGAAUAACCACAUACCUCCGUCUUCAAUCAUCUAUUGUUAUACCUUUCCAAAAUCCCACCAAGGAAGAUGUUUUGGUCAAUAUUGUACUAACAAGUUUGGAAAAACCUAGGCAUCUCGUCAUUGACCGUUACUGGAAUAGCUUCUUCCAUGAGACUUCUGCCUUCAAGUUUAGUGGUCUGAGUCACACACAAGGAAUCACAUUGCCUCCUAAAGGGAAUAUAGAUAUCACAGUGUUAUUUAUGCCCCACAUUAUGAAAUUACACAGAACAAUGGUCAUUGUUCAAAUGAUGAGGGCGAAUAGAGAAAGUUGGCCUAUUGACAAUUUUGAUGAAUUGAGCACAGAGAUGAAAAGAACUAUGGGAAUAGAAAGUGGAGAAAUCCAAGCGAUACACUGGAUAUACCCUAUUCUUGGACUUCCACAGGCACUACAUCCUAAAUUCCCUCAAGUUGUCAUAAAAUGUCAGUCCAGGAAGCGGAUAGAACAGGAGGUGGAAGUCACGCUGACUGGUGAUUUUUUUGGAGAAAAUCCUAUCUUAGAUGCAACAGAUUUUGUAGUGAUUCCAAAAGAGUAUUCCUAUGAUUCUUAUGAAGAUAUUGAUGAUUUGCCUGUGAAACGUGAAUUUGAAUAUGAAAUUCAAUUUGAAUCUGAAGUUAUGAAGUCUAACUUGGAAUCCUGCGUAGCUUUAUAUAUGAUCAAAAAAUCUUAUCAUGUCAAUGCUAAAAUGAUAGCAUUGGUCUUCAAUGUGGUAUUUGCACCAAAGAAACCAUUGAGGACUCAAAUUACACUGAAAAUAGAGUGCAUAACAGAUGGGAUUUGGAAGUUUCCCAUAACGUUGGUUGCUACUGAGCCUGAUGUGGAUGAUGUCAUUGAUAUUGAAGGCAUUGGUUUAUUUAAGGAAUCUACUGUUGACUUCAGGCUGACAAGUCAGACGAGAAAUCCCGAGCCAUUCACUGCAUACUUCCUACCCGGCAGUGAUCCUGAGUUUUUUGUAAAACCUCAGGUUGGAGAACUUCCUCCUUUUGACACUGAAGGAACUGUCCUCCUUGUGGGUUUCAAACCCCGAAUGUACAGUAGGAAAUACAAAGCAACAUUAGCAAUACAGACACCGGACAUGUACUGGUUGUAUGAUAUCAAUGGAUUACCUCAAGUUACCAUGCCACCAAUGAAUGUAAAAGCCAAAAUUGACACUACUAAUGAGAGGUUUCAGAGCAAGCCCGUUCGUCGGCGCAAUAUUAUCCGUGAAAAUGCUAAACUCACAAGGACGGGGGUGUCCUCUACCAUCAAGGGUGUGCCUUUGAUGUUGAAGAAUAAAUAA